AUGGCGCCUCUGCGAUUCGAAGGCUUUGAGGCCUUCCGGGAGAUCUUCAGCUUGACCGAGCGGCCGCAGAAAGCGCAAACACCCGUGGAGCCGCCGGAGGAGGAGCUGGAGCUUUGGCCGGCAGAAGUGCAGGAAUCAGCAUUGGUGCCAAUCCAGGAUGCUGUGCCAGAAGGUCGAUCCUCACCCCGGCCAUGGGAACCGGCAAGAGUCAGGAAGCUGAAGAGCGCCUACGGAGUCACAGGUGCUAUGCCCAGUGCUUCGCCCAGAAGGUUGCCCGAGGAGCCACGGGAGCCGAAAUGGGUCUCGCGCCCAGUUUCCCGGGCAACGGAGCGUGCACCCGCGCCCAUGCCGGCGAAACCGCUCUGCGCGGCGGUGCGCCCUGCCACCGCAGCCGGAUGCCUCCGUCCCUGGAUGCCCACGGGGAGCACCAAAGUGGAGCCGCUGCAAAGCUUUGGGCGAUACUUGUCUCCCACCAAGGAGCUUCUCGACGCUUUGUCAGGUCUUGCAAGUCCGCAUUGCCCUCGAGACGCGUGGAGGCAGACAAACUCCAAGGUGACGCGUACCGGGGUGCCGUCAGUCUGUACCUCCAGAUUGUCCAGGCCCACAAGGCCUUACUCCGCUCCACUGGGUGUGCCUCGCAGGAGAAGUCGAAAGCAGGCCCUAAACCGCCCUGGUUCACCACGCCCGAGCCCGCCCAGUGUGCCGGUGCGGUGA